UAACAGUCCUGACAAGAUAACUGAGAUCAAGUGAACAAAGAGCAUCAAAAGUAAACCCAGGUGUCUCUCUGUAUUUUUUGAUCCAUUGUGGUCUCUCAAGCUGCUUUACUGGUCUUUCAGAAGUUCAAUCAUUAAUCAUGGCAUCACAAGGAAAACGUCUCCAUAUUGUCACAUGGAACACUCAGGGUAUAAGAAGCCCAUCCCAAAAGUUUUCAAAUGUGUUGAGCUGUCUCAAUGAUCUUCAGGCUGAUGUUGUCUUUAUACAAGAGACACGUGUUGGGACAAAAAAUUACCGAAUGUUGACAGAUGUUAGAGAUUGGAAAAUCUAUUUCACUGUAAACAACUCCUCCAGCAAAGGAGUCGCAAUACUGAUAAACAACAAUGUACCUUUUAAUUACAUAUGCCAUGAUGAGGAUUGUAGUGGAGGUUACAUUGUGCUGUUCUGUCACCUGUAUGGUGAACUCUACACACUUGUCAGUGUGUACAAACAUAAGGCAGAUAGAACUGUCUUGGGUAGACUGAAAGAGUAUUUGAUGGAAGCAGCUGAGGGUGUGCUAGUGGUUGGAGGAGAUUUCAACACAGUUUUACAUCCCAGCUUUGAUCGGAGUCCUUCAGACUCGAACCAUUCAGCAUUUAGAUCUAUUUUAGAAGACUUUACUGUUUCUCUGAAUCUAAGAGACACCUGGUCAUACUUGCGCUUUGCUGAUGAGGGUUUUACACGCCAUCAAAAUGACAGUCACUCUAGACUAGACAUGUUUUUCAUGCGCAGUGACACAAUGAGACUAGUGUGUGGUAUCAGAGUGGAAGACAACGAAAUUUCUGAUCAUAAUCCAGUUGUCCUGGUUCUUGAAGUGCAAGAACAGACAGAAAGUAAAUUUCCAAAAGUGGCCUUACUUUUAAAAACAGCAACACAUACAGGUAUCAGAAAACCCAACAGGAUAUCAGGGAAGAUCAGUGGGGCAGAAAUACUGAGUGCCAUCAAGACUUUGUCUGACUUAGAAGAGCAAAGACCUAAUCGAAGACAAGUGGAGCACAUCAAAAGUCAUCCAUGUUCAGUGACAGAAAUUCUAAAGAUAAAGUACAACAACAUGUUAAAAACAAAAUGUGUCUCUGAAGCUUUUAAAGAAUAUCAUCUUUCACGAGGCAGACACAUCUUCAACGUGGAAUAUUUGAUAAUCUCUCAAGUUUUAGCGAAACGUCUUAGUGCAUACAUUUUCCCCUGUUCUAUACAAAAGCAAGAAACAAUUCUUGAUAAAUUUCUCACUGUGACAUGUGACAAAGGCACACAAAAAAUCAAGUCAUCUUUCUUAGAGACAAGCCUCAGACUUGAAAAUGAAUGGAAAGAGAAACUGAGACAUUCUGAGCCCCCAGCAAAGUUCCAUAUUCUAGAAUGUCUCCUUCCAGUAGACCAAGGCUCUUCUGGGAAACUUUUGCUGCCUGAAUGUCCGCUCACCAACACUAUCCUUAAUUUGGCUCUGAAUAAACUAGAUCACAUUCUCAAUGACGAGAUGGAAUGCAGGAGCAGUGUUUGUUUUCAGAGGCAGGCUCUGCUGAUACAUGCACACCAGAGCAAAAAGAAGCAAGUUGUUUCGCUAGUAGAGAAAUUCCAGGAAGAUUCUGGAAUUAUAUUUCAUAAAAUAUUUCACAUAGAGUAUUAAGAUGAUUAAAAAGCACACAAAUGUGUGUAAAUAAAUUACAUUUGAUUACAGGUGGAGACUUACUGUUGUAGGAUUAAAACAAAUCAAGACAAAAGCAAAGUAAACUAUUUAAUUUUAUAUUGUCAUGUUGACUUUCAUUAAAUGAUUUUUAAAUGUCUGACUAAACCACAUCUCAAUAUGUUUACUGUAUUUUCUGGUAUCUUGUCCAUGUUUAAGUAAUUAUGCUGAUAAAGUACAACAACAUGUUAAAGACAAAAUAUGUCUCUGAAGCUUUUAAAGAAUAUCAUCUUUCACAAGACAGACACAUCUUUAAUGUAGAAUAUUUGAUAUUCUCUCAAGUUUUAGGCAAAUGUCUUAGUGCAUACAUUUUCCCCUUUUCCCCUGUUAAUGCAUUUCUUCAUUAUUGUAGUCACUAUAAGUUGUACAUAUGUUUACUGUAUUUUCUGGAAUUUUGUCCAUUUUUAAGUAAUUAUGCUGUAUAUCCAAUGGUCUUUAUUGUUAUCAAAUAGUAGUAAUUUGCCAUUUUAUAAAAUCUUGGAGGAAAAGAUCAAUCUGUUGGCCAUUUUAGGAAUGACCAUAUAUAAGAGCUCAUUAGUACGACAGUGGGUGAUCACUGUCCUUCACUGGAGCCACAAUUAAAAUAGAUUCAUUAAAAUAUAAAGCUUUUCAAAAGCGAUGCACUUAUUAAGUUGGGAUUAUUAAAAUAAUUGCCACAUACUCCCCUUCCCAAGUCACGCUGCAUCACAAUCACAAUCUCGGUGAUACAUGACAAAAAAAAAACAUGUUUUUGUUUACGUUGCCUUGUCCAUUUUGUUUUCUAUAUGCUGAGCGUUGUUCAUACCUGUCAUUACCAAGCAUUGCUUGAAGUUAUGAAGUAUCUUUGGUUUUUAUCCUGUUUCUGGUUUACCAGUUUUUGCCAGUAGUUUUGUCUUGUUUAUUUUGUUUAUCAUUUUACCUUACCCUUGCUUGUUUACUCUUCAUGGAUUGGAUUUGGCUGCCUGCAUUCUGCAUAAAACAUUUGUUAUAUUUACCAAAUGUAUUUUUAUUGAAAAUGUUUCCACUAACAAGAUGUCUUUGUCAUUUCAUUUUAAUUCAUUUUUGUCCUGUUUUGUUAAUUAUGAUACCAAUGGUACUGUCAGUGGCAACUGGUGCUAAAAAAUCUGGGAGGGAAACAAACUUAAAAUCAAACUUUUAAUAAUGCAGGACUGUAAAAUAACCAUUUUUCAUCUUCAUUACUGCUAAGAUAAAAUAUUGAAAAUGUUAUUGGUAAAGUCGACUGUUAAAGCAUGCAAUAAAUGUACUAUGAAAUAAAUGUACUAUGAAUCAGUGAA